AUGAUGAGGUGGCGCAAUGUGAUCUCGAUGAGUAGCACUGCAAAUGAUUAUUCACAUUUACAAUGGCCAUUAACAUUUGCUAGUGUAUUAACAACAUUUUUAGCUUUGAUACUUCUGUUAAGUUUUCGUUCUGAUUCAUGGUUUACAUUUGAAAUAAUUCAAAUUAAUAAUAAAUCAACAAUAUCAAAUACAACAAGAUAUUCCCGAUUACUUGAAUAUGGUUCUAUCGGUUUAUGGACAAUAUGUAUUGGUCAUUAUAAUGAUCCUGAUUUUCAAUGUGAUGCAUGGCCAAAAGAAAAUCGACCCCAUUCGUUUAAUAUUCUAAUUACAUUAGUUUCAUGGGCAUUAUUUCUUUCAAAUUUAACAGUUUUUCCAUCAUGGGGUUCAUCAAUACUUAUACAUUAUAAUUCAAAGAAUCGUUAUGUUCGACCUAUAUUUGCCUUUAUUGGAAUUCUAUUAUUUUUAACAUUUUCAUUUACAGUUAUUCUUUUGACUGCAAUAUUAUUUAUAGCAUCAACACCAUUUUAUGCUCCAGGACGAUUUGUUAUUGAUACAGGUCAUCUUUUUUUUCAAUAUGGUUUUGGUUUAAUUUAUGCUGCUUUUGCAACGUUUUUGGCUAUUAUUUGUUUGAUAUUAGUAAUUUUAACAUUCAUAUGGAAAAAAAUGAUUGAAAUAAAAUUAAAACAAGUUGAAAGAGAUCUCUUACAACAAUUGUCUAAUGAUGGUUAUCAACCAGGUUGGCAUAAAAUGGUUAUUGCACCCCGUACACCUCUAACAAAUGAUCCAAUUGGUCAACCACCCCCAUAUGAAUAUUAA